AUGUCCAACCAAAGUACCGUGACUGAAUUUCUUCUUCUGAGAUUCUCUGAUGUUCGGGAGCUGCAGAUUUUACAUUUUGUGGUGUUUCUAGUGCUUUACCUGAUGUCCCUGCUGGGGAACCUUCUCAUCAUCACAGCCAUAGCCCUUGACCACCACCUUCACAUCCCCAUGUACUUCUUCCUGAUGAAUCUGUCCAUUCUAGACCUCGGCUCCAUCUCUGUCACCAUCCCCAAAUCCAUGGCCAAUUCCCUCAUGAACACAAGAUCAAUUUCUUAUUCUGGAUGUGUCACCCAAGUCUUUUUUUUCUUAUUCUUUGGUUCAGCAGAUUUUGCCAUACUGACUAUCAUGGCAUAUGAUCGAUACGUUGCCAUCUGCCAGCCAUUGCACUAUGAGACAGUGAUGACCAGGAGAGCUUGUGUCCAAAUGGCAGCCAGUGCCUGGAUCAGUAGUAUUCUCUACUCUGCAUUGCACACUGGGAACACGUUUGCAAUAUCUUUCUGUGGAAGCAACAUGGUGGAUCAGUUCUUCUGUGAAAUCCCCCAGCUCCUCAAGCUCGCCUGCUCUGACUCAUACCGCUUUGAAGUUGGAUUUCUCAUCUUUAGUGUGUGCUUAGCCUCAAGCUGCUUUGUUUUCAUAAUUGUGUCAUAUGUUCAGAUCUUCAAAACAGUGCUGAGAAUCCCCUCUGAGCAGGGCCAGCAUAAAGCCCUAUCAACCUGCCUCCCUCACCUCUUUGUGGUUUCCUUGUUCCUUUGUACUGCUGCCUUUGCCUACCUGAAUCCCACCUCCAGCUCAACAUCAGGUCUGAAUCUCUUUGUGGAUGUUCUCUAUUCUGUGUUGUCACCAAUGAUGAAUCCAAUCAUCUACAGCAUGAGAAACAAAGAGAUCAAAGGUGCUCUGAGUAAAUGGAUAGGUUGGAGGUUAAUCACUAAGAACAAAAUGUCCAUAUUUCUCCUUCAAUAG